AUGAUAAGCUUUGGGGGGAAAUCUGAUGAGAACUACUUUGAUAAGAUCCACAUAUCCUCUCAGCUGAGCUACCAUUCUGAGUAUCAGUUCUCUGCUGAUGAGCAGCUUCUGUCUGAAGCUUGCAGCUCAAAAUUGGAUCAGAACAAGGUGAAGUGUUAUGAAGGAGAUGGAUUCUGUCAAACCCUAAGAGACAUUGUAAACAAUGAUAUUCUGGACUUGGUGGUACAAUCAACAGGAUCGAGCAACAACGAUCAAAGCAGCAAUAAGCUCGGGCCAUUUACUCUUGAAAGCGGCACCAUAGAUGCAAGCAGCCCACUAGGGAUUCUCAUUCAUCAUGUGCAAUGUCAACAACAUGGUGAUGGGAACAUCACAGCUGCCAAAGUAGCUGCUGUGCUGAGAGUCGUUGAUGCCCGGGAUAAAUUGAGUACUAACAGUGGAAGAACUGGACUGUCCACCAUGACACUUUCUGCAGAAGGGAUAUGGAGGAGCGGUCACGAGCUUUGCAUGGUUGCUUGUGUUGGAAGCAUCACCGAACAUCGUCGUUCCUCUGCUAACAGAUCGUUUUUAGCAGAGGAGCUUACAAUCAAUGUUGGAGCUGUUGAGCUAGAGGUUCUCUCGUUAGGAUCGUUCAUUUGGGGCUGGAACCUUGGGAACAAGAGAAGUACUCACGAUAUCGAUCCAGAAGAAGAAGAAAGCAUGAUCGAAGUCUCGGGGCUUCUCAAACUCAAGUCUCCAUACGACAUUUCGCUCUCUUUCGAAGGCAUAUAUAACCAACUCACUGGACAGAUGCAUCUAGUUGGCUGCAGAGACAUUGGAGGGUUUCGAAAUGUCAGCAGCGUUGAAGAAGGGAUGGAUUGUGAAUAUGAGAUAAGAGUAGAGUAUCCCUCUACAAGUACAAGGUGGCUGCUGUAUCCCAGGGCUAGAAUCUCAAUCAACAGCAGAAGAGACAAUUCAGAUCCAUUCUAUUUCCCCUCAGUCAGUCUAAUGACUCCAUUUCCCUAUCUGGGGCAACCAGAUGACAUGAUGUUCCGAGAGACAUUCGAGAGGACUCUCCGUCUACUGAUGCUGGCAAUUUCAGUUCAGCUUAUAGCCAGACAACUGAAUUACAUGACUGCCAAGAAGAGGGACAACCCCAACACCACCAUUGCAGCAGCUUCUGUGUCCAUCACCAUGGUUGCUAUUCAAGCUUAUGGCUAUGGCCUCCCACUCUACACCAGCAUAGAGGCUAUGUUUUCCCCACAACAUGACUAUCUUUCAGACCUCGUGACCAAGUUCCUUCUCGUGUUUGCCCUCGCGCGUACUCUGCAGCUUUGGAAGAAAGUUAUACAAUCACGAGCACCUCAUCACGACGAAAGAGCUCAACUAAACUUGAGGGACACGAAAGCUUUUUUCAUCACCUCAGCCGUUCUUGCAGCUGGCUUCUUUCUGUCUCUGCACAUUUCCCUCCUCAACCACGACGAAGCACAACGUGCUGCUUCCUCCAACGAGCCAGAACUGAACUUCAUACAGUACAAGUACACGCAUUGGCCCACAGAAGAGGCAACCAACGAUGUGUUCCAAGGGCUGACCGGCUAUCCUGGGAUUGUUGUGGAUCUGUUUCUUGCUCCUCAAGCUAUUGGGAACGCCUUGUGGAACCGAGGGGGAGGUAAGCAGCAGCAGGCGACAAAGGCCUUGACGAGUUCGUACUACAUUGGUUUCACAGCGUUAAGCGUGUUCGUCAAGGUAUAUGAAUGCGUUCGAUAUCCUGUGGCUCGUGGUAAGGAGAAAUGGUAUGGUUUGCCGAGGAUCGACAUCAAGGAACACGAUUACUAUGGGAACCUGAGGAACAUGAUGGUAGCAGCUGCUGUGAUUGCUGUAGCCGUGGUUGUGCAUCUGCAGCAACAGCAGCAGAAAGUUGACAGGACGGGGAAGAAGAAAGCUGUGGCGUCUGCUGAUCGGGAUUUGGAAGAGCAGCUUCUUCCUGGAAUGCUAAGAUAA